UUAUGAAAGGGCGACCGUUAACUGCACCAACAGACUGAAGUUAGAUCUGAGGUGGUACUUACGUUCACGCGCGCUGCGAUGCGAGCGGCAGUUUUUUUUUUAAAUAUUUAAAAAAUUAAAAAAAAUGUACCUAACAAUGUUUACUUCCCGGGAGUGUUAGAACCUCGUUUUAAAUAAUGGCGGUGUCACAUCAAUGGUUUGUUCAGUGGUCGCCUUCGUUGGUCUUCGCGGAUAUUAGUCGAGGGUAUAACAAUGUCAACCCGAACUGGAGUUAUUAUCAAAACUAUCGAAAUCCUUACGAACAACCGUAUAAAGGAAACGAAGAAUAUUAUUAUGCUGGUAAACCCAACUAUGUUCAGAGCAGAGACAAAAAUGAUGAUUAUCAUUUGGAAAGAUCAAAAAUUAACGAUCAGACUCGUGUAGCAGGCGUCACGCUGUGGCUGGCCAUGUUAGGGCUGGCACAUACGCAGUCAAUACCAACAGACACCGAUACGCUGCCCUUCAGUACGCUGUACAAGUGGAAACAUGUGGACUUCGAAUUCCCUUCUGAGAGACAUCGCAACUACGCGAUUUCGAACGGGGAUUUCAUUCCAGCCAACGUCCUGCCGCUGGGCUUGGAAGUUUGGGGCUCCCGGGUGUUUGUGACCUUGCCCAGUUGGAGACGCGGAGUCCCUGCCACGCUAGCGACAGUGCCUCGUACCGGAGGCGUUACAUCUCCAAAACUCAAGCCAUAUCCUGAUUGGAGCUUCCAUAGAGCCCUAAGUAAAAGUAGCAACUGUUCUGGUCUGACAUCAGUUUUCCGGAUGAGCGUUGACCCCUGCGGCAGACUCUGGGUUUUGGAUUCCGGUCAAAUAAAUUCUCAAGACGACCCCCAACAGAUAUGUCCACCGAGCAUCAUAGUUUUUGAUUUGCAAACAGAUUUGCCCGUCGCACGAUACAUUAUACCGAAAAAAUAUGUGCUGCAAGAUUCUUUGUAUUCAAAUAUUAUAGUAGACUCUAGAAGUGAGGACUGCUCAGAUGUUUAUGUCUACAUAGCAGACACUUGGCGUUUUGGGUUACUAGUUUUUCGCGAAAGUGACAAGAGUUUUUGGCGAUUCUCGCAUCACCUAUUCUAUCCUGACCCACUGGCAUCUAAUUACACCUUACAUGGCUUGAAUUUCCAAUGGUCCGAUGGUAUUUUCGGGCUCGCACUAUCUCCUAUCGACGAGUACAACGAAAGAAUAUUAUUCUUCCAUUCCAUGUCAAGUUAUAGAGAGUUCUUUGUGAAGGCAGCAAUUUUGAGAGAGCCCUCUCGUGUAAACGACAGUACUACUGAAUUCAAGCUUCUCGGAGAAAGCAGAGGACUGAAUGGCCAAUCUUCGGCAUCGGCGAUUGAUAACCGUGGUGUCAUGUUCUAUGGUUUAGUGACAAGGGACUCUAUAGGAUGUUGGGAUACUAGGAAACGGUAUCUUAAAAAUAAUAUGGGUGUAGUUGCAAUGAAUACGGAGACGUUAAUUUUUCCCAAUGACAUAAAAGUCGAUCAAGACAUGCGUCAAAGUGUUUGGGUUAUAUCGAACCGAUUGCCUAUGUUCCAAGCUGGUCCUUUGGAUCCCAAUGAUUAUAAUUACCGUAUAAUGUAUGCAGACACAUCGGAGGCGGUGAGAGGGACUGUGUGUGAUCAGAAUGUCCAAUCAAAAGCGUGGAUUAUGUUUUGGAAAUCAUUAUUCAUAGUGACAUGGCUGGCUGCACAUGUUGAUUCCUAUUCUCAUCGAGAUUCACUCGGAACUCUUUACCGAUGGAAGCAAAUUGAUUUUGCUUUUCGAACUGUGCAAGAACGACAACAAGCUAUACAAAACGGGCAAUUUAACCAAAUCAACGUGAUUCCCUUGGGUGUGGAAAGAUGGAAGAGUCGUCUGUUCGUAAGCACGCCGCGAUGGAAGCGCGGUGUCCCGGCGACUCUGUCUGCUCUCCCGGUGACGGCCCAGGAGGAGUCCCCCUUGCUCACACCAUUCCCAAGUUGGGAUUGGCAUUUGGCAGGUAACUGCACUGGUUUCACGUCUAUCUUCCGAAUGAGCAUAGACCACUGCGGAGUUAUGUGGGCACUCGACUCUGGACAAGUGGAAGCUUUCGAAACACCGCGCCAAUUAUGUCCGCCUACACUAUUUGCCAUCAACUUAGAAACAGAUACCGUUAUUGGGCGUUUCCCCAUACCCAGCGAAUUUGUUUUACAAAAUUCACUAAUCACAAAUCUCGUCGCUGACACAAGAGACGCUGAAUGCAAAGACUUGCACGUUUACAUCGCUGAUGCCUGGAGAUUUGGUCUUAUUGUUUUUAGAAGCGCCGAUACAUCGUUCUGGAGAUUUAGUCACUACUCAUUCUACCCUGAACCGCUGUUAUCGAAUUACACACUUCACGGGUUAAACUACCAAUGGUCUGACGGGCUAUUUGGGAUGUCGUUAGGGCAGAUGACACGAGGGGAUCGACCUUUGUAUUAUCACUCAAUGUCGAGCUCUCUCGAAUUUGUGGUACCAACUUCAGUGAUACGUGAUCCUUCACGCGUUAAUAAUGCUGUUGAUGAAUUCAAACUGCUCGGCGAGAGCCGUGGUCCGAGGGGACAAGUUUCCGCUGCAGCUAUAGACCGCAACGGUGUCAUGUUCUUUAACCUCAUUUCGCUCGACAGUAUCGGGUGUUGGAAUACGCGCAACGAUUACAGAAUUAACAACUUAGCUAUUGUGGCACAGAAUAAUAACACUCUGGUGUUUCCCAACGACUUGCGUAUCGAUCACGAAGUUCCCCAAAUUGUGUGGAUAAUAACGAACCGAUUACCUAUGUACCAGUUCAAUUUGAUUGACCCGAAUCAGUAUAAUUAUAGGUUAUUGUAUUUGGAGCCAAAUUCCGCUGUACAAAACACCGUUUGUCAAAACCAUGAUUAUGUAUAAUAUUUUAUUAACAUUUCAAUCAUAUUUGUAAUUAAAAAUUGAUAAUAAAAGCUAUUUGUAUAAAAAUGUU